AUGGAACGGAGGACUCAGCUAUGGAAAAACGAGGAGGGUGAAGAAGCUCGAAGAUUGGUUACGAAGAUUUAUAAUGCUCUUACCUGCAUUUCAUGGUCUGGGAAACUCAGUGGUUUUGCUGUUGCAGAGCCUGUUGUUGAGCUAACAGCAUAUGCUACUGACGAGUGGCUGUCGGAUGUCCAUGAAAAUCAGAUGCUCGACCUACUGCGGAGGAGACUUCAGCAUCAGCCACAACAGAAAAAGAUUGAGAUUGAGAACAUUUACUUUUAUGGCUUCUUGAUAAAAGCAUAUGAAAUAUACAGCUCGGGGGAAUACAAGGGCCGGUAUUUUGCAUGUGCACGUGAAACAGGAGAUGCAAUGGCUUCAGGCCUCAGCAGUUGUAUUGGAUUCUUGGUUAACGUCUACAGCAACCACUGGGCUGCAGUCGUCAUCAACUUUGAAUCCUCUACGAUCUUCUAUGGUGAUUCCAUCUAUAAAAAGCCUCCAACUGGGUUCCUCACAGCACUACACUGGUGGACACACCAUCACACUGGUCAACAUUUCAAAGAGGAAUCACUUAUCAUCACCCACCAGCAGGAUAGCUUCUCAUGCAGGCUUCUCUCAUUUAAUGCACUCACACAUCAUGUUCUCCCCUCGGAAUACCCCUUGAUCCCAGCUUCGCAAGUUAGGAAUGGUAGGCUCAAAGUCAUGCUAGAUGUGAUUGACUGGCACCUCGAUCAGGCACGUAGCUUAGCUUAA